GGGAACCUCAUGGACCAAGGAUCAUCAAAGCCUCCUUCAAAACAAAGAAAGAGGGCAUUUCAAUGAAUAUCAUCCAAUGAUAUGCGCCUACCAACGAUUACAAUGAAGACGCUAAAGAUCAAUUCUACAAUAGGCUGCAGUCAAUCAUCGAGAAGUGUCCAACAAAGGACCUGACUAUUCUGAUGGGAGAUUUCAACUCCAAGGUUGGAACGGACAACACUGGAUAUGAAGACAUCAUGGGAUGACACGGACUGGGAGAAAGGAAUAAAAAUGGUGAUAGAUUCGCAAAUCUAUGUGCCUUCAAUAAACUGGUCAUAGGCGGCACCAUAUUCCCACAUAAACGCAUUCACACAACCACAUGGACUUCACCGGAUCACACCACACGAAACCAAGUCGACCAUAUCUGCAUCAACAAAACGUUCAGGAGGACUAUAGAGGACGUGAGAACCAAGGGAGGAGCUGAUAUAGCAUCAGAUCAUCACUUGCUGGUCGCCAAGAUGAAAUUGAAACUCAAGAAGCACUGGACAACGGGGCAGACAAUAUCACAAAAGUUCAAUACGGCCUUUCUUCAAGGAUACUGACAAACUCAACAAAUUCAAUAUAGUCCUCAGCAACAAGUUUCAGGCCUUUCAUGAUCUACUCAAUGAAGAAGGAACUACUAUGGAGAGCAACUGGAAGGGGAUCAAAGAAGCAAUCACUUCAACAUGUCAUGAGGUUCUGGGUCACAAGAAGCACCAUCACAAGGAAUGGAUUACUGUUGAUACACUGGAUAAUAUUCAAGAAAGGAGGAACAAGAAAGCAGCAAUCAAUACCAGUCGAACAAGAGCAGAAAAAGCCAAGGCACAAGCUGAAUACACAGAAGUAAACAAACAAGUGAAGCGGAGCGUCCGAACCGACAAACGUAAAUAUGUGGAAGAUUUAGCAACGACGGCGGAAAUGGCUGCAAGAGAAGGAAACAUGAGACAACUGUAUGACACGACAAAUAAACUGUCUGGAAAUCGCCGCAAACCAGAACGACCAGUGAAAAGCAAGGAAGGCGAUGUAAUCACCAACAUUGAAGAGCAACAAAACAGGUGGGUAGAACACUUCAAAGAACUCUUGAAUCGACCAGCUCCACUGAACCCACCCAACAUCGAAGCAGCACACACGGACCUCCCAAUCAAUGUUGGCCCACCAACAAUUGAAGAAAUCAGCAUGGCCAUCAGACAAAUCAAGAGUGACAAAGCAGCAGGACCAGAUAACAUCCCAGCACAGGCACUAAAAGCAGACGUAGCGGUAACUGCAAGGAUACUCCACAUUCUCUUCAAUAAGAUUUGGGAUGAGGAACAAGGACCAACAGACUGGAAAGAAGGACUUCUGACCAAAAUUCCGAAGGAAGGAGAUCUCAGCAACUGUGAUAACUACAGGGGCAUCACUCUUCUCUCAAUACCAGGAAAAGUCUUCAACAGUGUAUUGUUAAGCAAGAUGAAGGACUGCGUAGACGCCCAACUUCGAGACCAACAGGCAGGAUUCUGUAAGGGUAGAUCGUGUACAGACCAAAUCGCAACUCUACGGAUCAUUGUGGAACAAUCAAUUGAAUGGAACUCAUCACUCUACAUCAACUUCAUUGACUACGAAAAGGCAUUUGAUAGAGUGGACAGAACAACACUAUGGAAGCUUCUUCGACACUACGGCGUGCCUCAGAAGAUAGUUUAUAUCAUACGGAAUUCAUAUGAUGGAUAAAACUGAAAAAUCGUGCAUGGAGGACAGUUGACAAAGUCGUUCGAAGUGAAGACCGUUGUCAGGCAAGGUUGCUUACUCUCACCCUUUCUCCUUCUCUUGGUGAUCGACUGGAUCAUGAAGAUGUCAACAUCUGAAGGGAAAUGCGGGAUACAGUGGACAAAUUACGUAUAACGAAAAUGGGAUACAUGGUUCGGCUAAGAAUCAUCAAUCGAUUGAAACAACCGACCAUAGAUCAGUUCACUACAAAUGAUUGUUAAAUACACUAAGAUCCAAUCCAUACUUAUGAUUUAGUAGUUCAAAUACACAAAAGGAAAAACAAAAUUCUCCGAUACAACACAGCAUUUCACAAUGGAAUCACAUUUGAUGGAGAAGAUUUGGAAUAUUUAAAACCCUUUACAUAUUUGGGCAGCAUCAUUGAUGAACAGGGUGGAUCUGAUUCAGAUGUGAAGGCGCGGAUCGGCAAACCAAGAGCAGCAUAUCUACAAUCGAAGAACAUCUGGAACUCAAAACAACUGUCUGUCAACCAACAUCAAGGUCAGGAUUUCCAAUAAAAAUGUCAAGACAGUUGUACUGUUGUAUGGGGCAGAAACCUGGUGAACAACGAAAGCCAUCAUCCAGAAAAUACAGGUGUUUAUUAACGGUUGUCCACGCAAAAUACUUCGGAUCCGUCAGCGGAGGAAGAAAUCAGGAAGAAGCGAUGGAAGUGGAUAGGAUACACAUUGAGGAAAGCACCGAACUGCGUCACAAGACAAGCCCUCACAUGGAAUAUUCAAGGCUAGACAAAGGAAAAGAGGAAGACCAAAGAACAUAUUACACCGGGAAAUGGAGACAGAUAUGAGAAAAAUGAACAAGAAAUGAAUGGAAAUAGAUAGGAAGGCCGGGGACAGAGUGGGUUAGAGAAUGCUGGUGGGCAACCUAUCCUCCAUUGCGAAUAACAGGUGUAAGUAAGUAAGUAAUAAUAGCCUUUGUUUCAUUUGAGUUUGGUGUCAGAAUAAAUCUAAAUUUUUCUUCUAUAAAACUAUGAAAUACUAGUUUUUUCUGUUCAGUCAAUUAGUUUUCUUGUUUCGUAUGGUAUUUAAGAAAACUUUACUGAUAAGUCAAUCGUCCUAAACCUUACAGAUUAAUGGUUUAAUAUUAAGAAUCUUUCAACAGUAAACUCAAGUAUUGACUUGGUUGUUAUAUAAACAAAAAAUUAAAUGAGUUGCAUUCCACUAUGUACAUUAUUAUCUCAACUUCAAAAUUGUUACUUCACAUACCUUCAAUAUUACUGUCUGCUCAAUUUUCAACCUAAUUAUUAUUAGGUGAACAAAAUCGCUCUUUCUAUUACUAUACAAGAAUGAUCAAUAUCGAUUAGUUGUUCUUUGAUUUAUCUGCUAGUUCUACUUUGUGUUAUUUACCGUAUGUAAACUCUAAUAGUAUUACUUGUGUUAUGGCCUUGAUCUGUCUACUCUAAAUUAAAACCUUGACGCAAUAGGUUUGCCGGUUUAACCUUGAGGCUAGUACGCGUGAGUUCGAGGUGAGUUAGAGACAAAAGAAAACUAUUCUAGCACCUGAUCGGUUGGCAAGCACGCGAAUGAGAGAAGACAAGACAGUUGGAACACUAUUUGCUGUAUUGCGAUAUCUCGAUUUCCUGAGAAAUCUCUGAAUUCAGAUUAGUGCAAAAAAAUACAUGAAUAAAUAGGUGAUUAUCCUGAUCACAACGUAAAAUAAUUUGGAAAAAUACAAUUAUGUCCAAAACUGGGAAUUAGAGUAGAAAAUAAGGUGCAAAAUAUUAUGUUUAAAUUACAAUAGCUUUGAAACAGAAAUGGAUAUGGCAAUGCAUGAUACAUCGAACGAAAGCUCAUGCUCUGUAGAAUAAAAAAGGGUCAAAAAUAAAUGUCAGUGUUUCACAAGCUUUAAAUAAAAUCAAAUAACGUCCCAAAAAAUAACUUUCGUAGUUUGUCAGGGCUUCUUGUUUCCCCGUUCACAUCAACUUAUAUUUGUGUUAACCCAUCAAAUAUGAUAUACUUACACCUGUUACCCAUCGUCGA